UAAAAACCAAAACUCUCAUUUCUCCCUUGCAGCCGCAUCACUCUCUCUCCCCGAUCUCUCUCUCCCUCUCGUCCUCCCUCUGCCAUCACCGGAAAACCCCAUCUCCGGCCACUGUCUUGCAAAACCGCCACCACCCUUCGAACCAGCUCCUAUAUCCGACCAAAACCCGAGCCCAGCACCACCAUGCAUCGUCUCCAACCUCCACACGCUACCACCAAACCCGCGACACCACCGCCUUCCAUAAUCCUCCGGUCUCCAGUCUCUGAUUCACACCACCAUUAUCAGAAAUUGAAGCACCAAGCCUUGAGGAGACCAUGCCUUAAAUCCCGAAGCCGGAAAACCGCCGUACGAGCUCGCCGGAACUCGUAGCUAGCUCUGCAUGCCUUCGUUCCCCAACCUCCAGUCCAAGUCGAGCUAAACUACCUCCAUAGAUGUAAUCAGCGCCUCACUACCCACCUGUUUCUAAGAUGCAGACCUCCGAUUUCGACUAGAGCCGUCGCACGCGCUACACGCACCGCCGCUGGCGCGUGGACCGCCAUAGCUCCGCCGGCGUAAGCAAUGAUUCUGAUUUUCUGGAUUGGAGUUUGGAACCCCAAGCUCGGAGGUGAAUGGAGACAGGAGCUCAAUACAGAUUCUGGAGGGGAUGUGGAUUUCUGCGUUUUUGGAGUGUUGGAGGAGAAGGAGCUGCUGGGUUAAUUUCAGUUGAAACUGGGAAGGAUUUGGUGGAUUUCUGCAUUCUGGGAUGUUUUGGAGAAAAGAGAAAUAGUUGGGCCAGUCCGGUUGAUAUCGAGAAAAGGGGAUUCGAUUGGUUGAUGGUUGUGGAGUACAGUCACGACGAAAUUGGUUUCCAAGUUGGGAAUGAAGAAAUGGACUCGUGCGUGUGCUUUUGGAAGUGGACAAAGUGUCGAAAGUCGAGAACGAAUCUAAUUGUGGAUGGGCACUCCAAUACCAGUGUGCAGGUUUCAAGCACGUGGUCGGCAAGCGUACAGGGGAGGCACAUGGCCCGGCUUGGCGGAUUUCUCUUUAGUUUUAUCAAAAGGAAGGUUUUGGUCCCUUAUCGGAUUUUGAAGUAACUUGGUUAUUUAUUUCCUCACUAAUUUAUUUGUUUUCUAUUCACUCAUUCACAAAAUUUCGAGAGACCCGUAACCCUGGGGCGCGUCUCUCAUACUUGUUUUCACUUCGUGAUUUGUUAUUUUCCAAAUUGGACUCCGAUUGUAAGCCUAAAUCUUUUAGCUCACUUUAAAAUUCCGCUUGCGAAAA